CGCGCAGAGUUUUGGUCCUCUGAGGCUUCCGUCCCAUCCCGCAGUGCUCCCGGAAGACGUCAGCGGUUCGGGUCGGGAUCCUGCUCCGGGACCUGACUAGAAAUGGAGUUCGACUGCGAGGGUGUGAGACAUCUCCUAGGCAAGUACAAGUUCAGGGAUCUAACUGUGGAAGAACUAAAGAAUGUAAAUAUGUUUUUCCCACAUUUCAGAUACUCCAUGGACACCUACGUUUUUAAAGAUAGUUCCCAGAAAGACCUGCUGAAUUUUACUGGCACUCUUCCUGUGAUGUAUCAGGGUCACCAGUAUAACAUACCGGUUCGUUUCUGGAUUUUGGAUUCUCAUCCUUUUGCUCCUCCCAUUUGCUUCUUGAAGCCAACUGCAAAUAUGGCAAUCUCAGUUGGAAAACAUGUGGAUGCUCAAGGCAGAAUAUACUUGCCCUAUCUCCAAAACUGGAGCCAUCCUAAAUCUGUCAUUGUUGGAUUAAUUAAAGAAAUGACUGCCAAAUUUCAAGAGGAACUUCCCCUGUAUUCUCUGCCAUCAUCCGAGGAAGCUCGGCAGGCAGACUUGCUGGCCUAUAUUGCAAAAAUCACCGAAGGUGUCUCAGAUAUAAACUCAAAGAGUUGGACAAGUCAUGAGAACAAAACAGCCAAUAAAAUUACUGUGGUUGGAGGUGGAGAGCUGGGCAUUGCCUGUACGUUAGCAAUUUCAGCAAAGGGCAUUGCAGAUAAGCUGGUCCUUCUGGACUUCUCAGAAGGGCCUAAAGGAGGGACCAUGGACCUAGAUAUCUUCAGCCUGCCUAAUGUGGAGAUCAGCAAAGAUUUGUCUGCCUCUGCUCAUUCCAAGGUGGUGAUCUUCACAGUCAACUCUCUGGGUAGUUCUGAGUCCUACCUUGAUGUGGUGCAGAGUAAUGUGGAUAUGUUCCGAGCCCUCGUCCCUGGUCUUGCACAUUACAGCCAACAUGGAGUCAUGAUCGUGGCAUCUCAGCCAGUGGAGAUCAUGACUUAUGUGACAUGGAAACUGAGUACAUUUCCUGCAAAUCAAGUGAUUGGAAUUGGAUGUAAUCUGGAUUCACAGAGAUUACAGUAUAUUAUCACAAACAUUUUGAAAGCACAGACUUCAGACAAAGAAGUAUGGGUUAUUGGUGAGCAAGGAGAAGACAAAGUGCCUACAUGGGGUGGACAAGCAAUGAAUCACAGCUCUCAGGCACAGUUGUCCAACAGAGCCAUGGAACUGUUACGGGUAAAAGGUCAGAGAUCCUGGUCUGUGGGACUGUCAGUAGCUGACCUGGUUGACAGUGUCAUAAACAAUAAAAAGAAAGUGCAUUCUGUAUCCACUUUAGUAAAGGGAUAUUAUGAUAUAAAUAGUGAAGUGUUUUUAAGUUUGCCUUGCAUCCUCGGAACCAGUGGGGUAUCUGAAAUCAUCAAAACUGCAGAGAAAGAAAUUACAGUGACCGAGAAACUCCAGAGCAGUGCGUCCUCAAUCCAUGGUCUCCAACAACAGUUAAAACUUUGAUUUUCAAACACAGUUACCUGAAAGGAAAAUUCAUUUAGUUUCGCCAACAUUUAUACGUUUGAAAACUUCUGUGGCUUUUAUUUAUCUUUACAAACUGUUUGGUUAAAGUAGAUAGUUCCUUGAUUAGUUUUGUAAUUUGAAUCCUUAAAAGAGUUAGAUAAGGAAAGGAAAAAAAUCUAUUUUAAGGGGAGGUUCUUGACAAAUCUAUAUUCUUUAAACCUAUAGCUGGGAUAAAUAUUCCACCUGCUAUGUCCAUCAUUUUAAAUUGUGUAUUCUAAAUUUAAAGCACAUGAGCACUUUGGAAAUAUCCUGAAAAGAAAAUCAACUUUUGUAAUAAACAUGAUAAGCUGAAGGCCCAGGAUGGGCCUUACUUAGAAAAUUCAGAAGAUCCACAGUGUAGGGUAUUUAUUUCUUUUACAAAGUACAGUUGCUGGAGUGGUAAGCAUUUUAUUUUCCUUCUUCAAAUUCAUUAACUACAAGUUAGAAAAGAUUAUAUAUAUUUUAAAAUAAAAGGGAAAGUAGAAAUA